GGGGAAAUAUGCGGCUGAAAUCAGAGAUUCAAGAAGAAGAGGAAUGAGGAUGUGGCUUGGAACAUUUGACAGUGCAGAGGAUGCAGCCAUGGCUUAUGACAGGGCUGCCCUCAGCAUUAGAGGACCCAGAGCCAUCCUCAACUUUCCUAUAUUCACCCCCUCUUUCAUGAUGCCAGAUGAAUUCAGUGAAGAGAAAGAGUCUCUUGAUGGAGGAUGUCAGAUUACAGAAGAAGAAAAAGAAGAAAGUACAUGUGCAAGCAGUGAGAGAUUUGUGAUAGAAUUGGAGGAUAUGGGUGUAGAUUAUUUGGAAGAGCUUCUUUUCACUAGUGAAAGAAUAACUGCUUCCUGGUUCUCUGGUUCUUUAGAUGAGCAGCUAAUUUCUUAGUCCCACAGUCUUUUAUAAUCAUGGU